GUUCUAAUAUUUUUAAUAGAAAAGCUACAAGCGCUCGUAACAAAAAUGGUCCAAAAGGUGGCAGUCAUUAUUUUAUUGACUUGGAUUUGCGGCGUCUUUUCCACUAAGAUGUCCUUCUCUAACUUCUCCGUGGACAACGAGGUGCGCUCCAGUUUCAUUCAUCGCCGACUGAGGAGCCAGGAGCGCAGGGACAUGCAGCGGGAGAUCCUCUCCAUCAUGGGACUGACUCAUCGCCCGCGACCCACGCAGGUCCACACAAGGCUCAACGCUGCCCCGAUGUUCAUGCUGGACCUUUACAAUACCGCCUCGACGGACGCACCACAGAUGAGAUAUUCCAGCUACAAUCCUCAUUUGGACCCUGACGCUUCCAAUUUGGUGACUUUGCAGGACAGUCGCUUCCUGGAUGAUGCCGAUAUGGUGAUGAGUUUUGUCAGUCUAGUUGAUCAGAAUCAAGAACUUCUGUACCAGAAGCACCAAAAGGAAUUCAGAUUUGAUCUUUCGCGUAUUCCAGAGGGAGAAGCUGUCACAGCGGCAGAGUUGAGGAUUUUUAAGGAUUUCGUGCAGGAACGCUAUGAGAAUGAAACGUUUCGAAUAAGCAUCUACCAGGUUUUGCAGGAAGGCGCAGACAGUGAAGUGGAGUUGUUGCUAGUGGAACAGCGAGAGGUGUGGUCUGCAGAAGAGGGCUGGCUCAUCUUUGACUUGACCGCGACUAGUAAUAUUUGGCUAGCCAACCCAGAACACAACUUUGGCCUGCAUCUGGUCGUGGAAGACACCUAUGGUCAUAGAAGAACUCCACAUCUGAUGGGGCUGUUAACAGGGAGCGAAGCUAAAGGAAAGCAACCCUUUUUGGUUGCCUUCUUCAAAUCCAAUGAGGUCCGCUUUCGCAAUAUCCGCUCCGCACAUGGCCACAGAGGGCGCUAUUCGAACCGCUCAAAACCACAGAGGACUGUCCAAGAUGCACUAAAAGCCGCCGAGGCCGCAACAGAUCUCGGCAUAUCUAAAGGUGGAUGUAAGAAACACGAACUGUAUGUCAGUUUCAGAGAUUUGGGAUGGCAGGACUGGAUCAUUGCACCAGAGGGCUACGCAGCAUACUAUUGCGAGGGGGAGUGCGCCUUCCCACUCAAUUCCUACAUGAAUGCCACAAACCACGCCAUUGUGCAAACUCUGGUGCACUUUAUCAACCCGGGAACUGUGCCUAAGCCCUGCUGCGCUCCCACGCAACUCCACGGAAUCUCUGUGCUCUACUUUGAUGACAGCUCCAACGUCAUCCUAAAGAAGUACCGCAACAUGGUGGUCAGAGCCUGUGGCUGUCAUUGACCACGGAGCGUCCAUUAUACAGUAUGAGCUCAUUCCAUUCCUGAGGGAUGUUAAAAUAAAAAGAGAAAGCAGCACAACCACAGACAAGAUAUGGUUUACUGCCUGUUACAGAGAAGGCUUUUAUCUGUGGGACUGUAUUUAUGACCAGCAGCUGAGCAAUUGGAACCACUGGUUACACGGCUUAUAUUUUAUGUUCGUCACUGCAACUCUGAAAUAUGCACUAAAAUCAAUCCGAGCAGAGAUGCUUGGACUGGUGUAUUCAAACAGCAGUUAUCACUGUCAGAAUCAGUUAUUGUACUGAUACUAUAUUUUAUUUGGAACCUUUAAGCCAAGAGAGACUUCCACUUCAAUUUCUUGCAUGGAAGUAUGCUGGAAUUGUGAAUUGAAAAUUGACUUUUAACUGCUGACCUCCCUUGAGAACAACACUUCAUAUGAAGGAAAUCAUAGCUGCAUGAAAAGCUAAGGUUUGUUCUGGACUGUUAAGCUGGUGUUGCUGUUUGACAACAUUCCUGCUGACAAAUUGGCAGCUGAGACCGUAAGUAACUAUGAUAAAAUGGUGCAUAUUUACAUCAUAUUUAAAGUGUGUCAGUUAAUUGAUGCUAAUGAAUUUUCAUGUUAGGUUUUGCACCUUCUUCCUUCUGCUGAUGACUUAACGUUUGCAUCUGUUUGGUCCGUUAUCCCAUUUAUAACUUAUGAGUGACAUACGUCUAGCUUGAGGGUCUUUCUUGUAACAUUAGACUAAUGCUAAUGUUGCAAGAAAAAGUAGAGAUGUAAAGCUUGAAAUAAUCUACCUGAAUUUUUUAAAUCUGCAGGAAUAUAGAAAUUUGACCAGAUAACAGCUCACGUUCCUUAAGUAUUAAUACAACUUGCUUCAUUAUCGUCAUUCUCGCAGUCAGCGUGAUGUCACGAUGACGUCAUCUCGCAUAGCAACGUGUCGCCAUUUUGAGAGGGGGGCACAGGUAAACAUCCUUAGACAAACAUCUGAAAUUCAUGUAUUUCAGCUGUAUUUUGCGCUUUUUUUUUUUUCAUAAAAAUGUCUUAAACAUGACUUAUUAUUAUCACGAGUCACUGCAGACAGACGCGAGGAGGCGAUACAACUUAAAAUUAGCGUGUAUUGACCUGCAAAUCUGCCCAUACAAAGUCGCAGCUGAUAGCUGGAUAAACAAUCCAAAGGAAUUGCCUGCAGUGGAGUUCGGAAACACCUACAACUACCUCAUAAAGUCACCCAGUAAGUUGACUUUUAUCAAUUACGUAGAAUAUGUACUGUGUGGAACAAUGAAAACUGUUAGUAUAUACAUGGAGUGAUUAUUUCUGCCGUAACCGGUAAUUCGUCUCCAAGCGUUAUUUAGCCGUGAACACGUCAAGGCAAAAUAACCAAUUCCCACCAGGCCAAUAAUAUACCGAUUGACCGAUGAGAGCAAUUCACAGCAAAAGAAAAAUAACGCUUUGCGAGUUGUUGGUUCCGGUAAUAAUAACCACUGCCUAGUCUAUUGAAUCCUCGCAGCUGAUUGGGGAAAAAAAAAAAAAAAAAAAAUCGAUUAAAGUUUACUCACCAGUAAUGAAAUGUCGGCUGCAAAGGUAAAUGUGCCUGGUCCACGGAACCGUCUUCUUUUACUGUUCCUCGAUUUAUUGCUUUCAGCCAAUCACUUGUCAUUUUCUUCUCACGAGGAAGAAUGAAAAACUUCAAAUGCGGCUCCGAACUCUUCCUUGUGUUACAAUCCACAACACGGCAACUUUUAGUCAUUCCGACGGAAAAAAAGACCGCAAAUAAGACAAAAGUUCAACGCGUUUGUACUAUAAUCAGUGUUGGGCACGUUACUUUAAAAAAGUAAUUAGUUACAUUACUCACUACUUCUUCCAAAAAGUAACUGAGUUAGUAACUGAAUUACUCUAUAGUAAAAGUAACUAGUUACCAGGGAAAGUAACUAUUUCCGUUACUUUAAAAAGAACUUGUUGUAUGUCAAAGAAUUUGAAAUUUUCUGAGCAGUAUUCGAGUCAGUGGAAUAGAGAAGAACAGACAGGUAGUUAACUUGUUAGGUGCUUCAGCAGAUUUGAAUUACUUACCACAGAUGUCGACAAAAGCUUUGCCCCGGGACAUAAAUUACACAUUACAUGCAGGUUCUUUCCUUUAAUUUCGACAAACUUGAAAUAGUGUCUAUAUCUCCACCUCUUAAAGGACAAUUUUUCUUCUGAAUGCUCUGCCAUCCCGACCCUGUGCAUCUGUUUUGCGUGUGUGUGUUUGCCGCACGCGCUGUUCCUGUUUGCUUGUGAAAUCACCGGCUCUGAUUGGCUUACCACGACACAUGGCUCUAACCGUCAGCCAAUCACAAUCACUUCCAUCGCAUCUCUCGAGGGGCUGCAUUUAGGAAGGCUCGUUUCCCGACAAUUCACGUCACCUUCAAAACGCCUGCCGUCCUCAAGAUGGAAGCAGAAUUAUUGCUGGCUGACAGUGGGAGAUGGAAACAAGGCUAGCAUCAGGUGUAGCAAACACAGAAACGUUACCAAAUUUUGGAAAGCAUUGUCUAAUUGAAUGAGCAGGGACAAACAGCUUGGAGUCAGAAGUAUGUGCGCUAUUCUCGAACCUGAACGCACCCCAAGUCUUGGAUGACAAAUCAACAGAGCAGAGAGUCGACUCGACACGGCUUGUAGUUUCUUCAGUUUAUUCAGAGUAAGUAACGCACUGCUUUUGACCGUCAGUAACGGUAACGGCUUUGUAACGGCGGAAAAAGAAAUUGGUUAGAUUACCCCGUUACUGAAAAAAUAACGCCGUUACGUAACGGCGUUUCUCCCAACACUGACUAUAAUGCACGACAGAGCAACUGCUUGUGACUCGUGUUUUGCCCCCAUUUCAAUAUGGUGACGCUUUGUUGUGGCUGGUGACGCCAUUAAUGCCCAUAUGUCCGACUGCAAGAAUAGAUGAAAUGAAGCCCAUCCCAGUACAGUGUACUGUAUGAAAUAACCAUUAAAUGGAACAUAUUGGUGCUCUGACCACAUUUGUUGUUGUCUUGAUCAACAACUCCCAUGAUGAGAGUUUGAAGUAGACACGCUGUCUUGUGAUCUAAUUAUUUUGCUUGGACUGGAAUUCCAACGAUAUUAAAUCUGCUUGGUGGUCCAUUGUA